AUGAUCGCGAGGGGUCUGAUGCUUGGGCCAGACCAACCGGUGGUUCUCCACAUGCUGGACCUCCCUAAGUCGGCGGACGCCCUGAGCGGCGUCAGGAUGGAGCUGAUCGAUGUCGUGUUGUCUCUUCUCAGAGGUGUUGUGGCAACGAGCGACGAGGCCGAAGCGUUCCGAGGCGUCAGCUUCGCCGUCCUGAUCGGCGGAUGGCCGAGGAAAGAGGGGAUGCAGAGGAAAGACCUCAUCGCCAAGAACGUCCCCAUAUACCAGUCCCAGGCUUCUGCGCUGCAGCAGCACGCUGCCCCAAACUACAAGGGUUUUAGGUGGUACACAAGGAGGCUUAGGAUCGAUGAAGACGGCGGCGUGGCUGACGAGUUCUUGGAUGAAAUUAUCCCGGAAGGCUCAAUCAGCAACGACAAAGCGCAAGGAAACUCGAAUACAAUAGUGGCUCUUGCUGGGAACAAGGCUGAUUUGUUAGAUAAAGGUGGGAUUCUAUUUCUAAUGCCCCUGCAGCUUCUACUGCGACGGCUCUGCCUCCUUGUGGUCAUCUGCCUGUUCUUGGUUGGGGUUGUCAAUGAUGUCGGCUUUGAGAAUGAAGGGACUGCACUGAACGCCCCAGGAAUUCCUAUUGCAAUUGGAUUAUAUCUAUAUGGUUACUGCUACUCAGGGCAUGGGGUUUUUCCAAAUAUCUAUUCCUCCCUGAAGAUUCGCAACCAGUUUCCUUCAAUUCUUUUUACUUGUAUUGGGCUGUCUACCUUUUUGUAUGCUGGUGCUGCAGUGAUGGGAUACAAAAUGUUUGGUGAAGCCACAGAGUCCCAAUUCACACUCAACUUACCAGAUAAUUCUGUCAUUUCUAAGAUUGCUGUUUGGACAACGGUGGCAAAUCCAAUAACCAAAUAUGCAUUAACUAUUAUUCCAUUGGCUAUGAGUUUGGAAGAGCUGCUGCCACCAAACCAACAAAAGUAUUCUACAAUAAUCAUGCUUAGAUCAUCUCUGGUGAUAUCAACCCUCCUGAUUGCUCUAUCUGUGCCUUUCUUUGGACUUGUGAUGGCCUUGGUUGGUUCUUUGUUUGCCAUGCUUGUGACCUACAUUUUGCCUUGCGCGUGUUUUUUGGCGAUCCUCAAGACAAAAGUAGGGUGGCAUCAGAUAGCAGCUUGCUCGUUCAUCAUAGUUGUCGGGGUUUGCUGUGCCUACGUGGGAACAUACUCGUCCCUGUCGAAGAUAAUCCAGAACUACGCAUAGCACAACUGUUCCUGUGAUCCUGUAUAUGCAUCUGCCCGACAAAAUCAUGUGUGUGCUAUAUGGGCCAAACAUAUGUACAAGAUAAAAGUUUACCAUUCAAUUCACUCGAUGUAUAAUAAAUUA